CUAUAGGUAGGUGGUGAUGAACAGCGGGCACUGGCGAAGCGUCACUAAAUCCGCCACCAGAUCGCCCGCCUCGUCCGCACUGCUGCUAAUCGUGCUGGUGGUGGAGGUGGUGCCACCACCGCCCUCCUGAGGAUGCCCCUCAGCGGCAUUCAGAUCACACACCACCUCGCGAAUCAUCUCCCUGCACACGAGCACAACACACAUACACAGAUCAGCCAUUCCAUUGGGGAGGCGUGUGUGUGGGGGUGUUGGUGUGAGAGACAUACCUGACGAGCGGUGCGGUGACUCUGUCUGCAGCAGCUGCCUUGUGUCGCUUGUGAGUCACGACGGACAGGGGGGCGCGGGAGUGGCUGUCGGCGUCAGGGACGGCAGCCGGGGGCGACUCGAACGGCACACCGUGGCGGAUCUGCUGCCAGAUCUGACACACGCACACACACAUACACACAUACACCUCGGUCGUCAUGGAUGCGUCCACGGUGUGGAGGGAUCGGGGGGCUGGUGGUACCUGAGCACGCGAGAUUUCAGCAGUGGCGGAGUCUUCUACUUUGCCGUUCAUAAUGAGGUGGCCCCGCCCCUCCAGCCAGCCCUUGACGUAGCGCACACACACCUACACGCACACAGCAGACGAGACCCGUGUGACGUGACGGCCGCUCUUGGUGGCUGGCUGACCUCUAUGUUGGUGCGGAGGCUGUCGAGAGAGACGUCGUUUUCUGCACACAUACGAACAGACACACAUACGCACAGAGGGAGAGAGGGAGACAGAGCGGAUGGAAUAUUUUGUGUGGCUGUGCUAAUUCACGCCAGCGUGCCUGUGGGUAUCUGCAGCAGGUCGUGCGCCGUCACGGUAUCGGCAUCGCGGGCAGCGUAAGACGACAGCUGAUUCGGACACCUGGGUAGCACACACCACCCACACAGACAAAUGAUUCCCUGACGUGGCGUUGAGAGGCAUCCCACCCCGAGCCACCCUACCCUUUUGCGAAGUGCUUGGCGAAUGCGUCCUGGAUGGGCUGCACCAGCGACAGGUCGUACACGAGCGCACCGUCCGCACCAGCCAGCGCAUCGCCCUCCUUGGCCGACACACACGCACUCACCUGCAGAGCCAACACACCCACCACACAGACAGACAACAGGCAGGCCAUCAGUUUGUCCAAGGGCCUUGACUGCAUGUGUGUGGAUGGUUUGUGUGUACCAGUAGUUGUUUGUCGUGUGUGGUGAGUGAGCCGUCGUCGACGCCAGCGAACAUGCCGCCGGUGGCCGGGGCGCCGCGCCUGAGAGGAAGGCCAAGGAACGAAGCGACAUCCAUCGGUGUGUGUGAGAGGAGAGAAAGGUGUACCUGUGGCAGGUGGCUAUGACCUUCCUCCGGUAGCUUUUCAUGAAGUGACGAUCCAUCGACACAUAACUACACACACAGAUGCACACACAGACACAGACACGCUGAUGCCGUCCGUGUGCGCCCUUCUCCAACACCAUGGUGUCCGCCCACCGGUUUCUAUCGGGGAAUAUUUUGCGUCUGUCGUGGCCCAUGCGUGUGAUGAACGAGGCCGCGUAGUCCCACAUGCCGCAGUUGAGGCCGGCCGAGUGGUUCCGCAGCUCCCACAGCAUCUCGUCCAUCUCAAAGGCCGCCGGCAGACUCUCAAUCAACACACACGCUAAACCAAUUACACACACUAGCACACACACACACGAAGCGCACAAAAUCACGAGUCUCUCUCUCUCUCUCUCUCGUCCCUCUCUCUCUGUCGCACCUUUGAUGGUGUUUGCGGGAAUGUCGAGGGCCUCCUCUGUCCAUGCGAAGAUCCUGUCCCACAGAGCGGCCUCACUCGCACUCUCCAGCUGCAGCACACAGACACAGACAGACACAGAAACGAGACGAACCACCCACUUGUCAAGUGAGUGCAUCCCUCUGCUUGUUUGGUGGGUGUGUGUGUGUACCUUUGAGAGGUAGAGGAACGGUCCCCUGCUGAGUUCCGCCAGGUGUCGGCCGGAGGAGAAGACAAACAUGCCAAAGCCGAACAAGGCUCCGCUCACUCGACGACCUGCACACACACACACACACACACACACACAGGGAGGGAGAGAGAGAGAUGUCGUCCAUCUGGAUAGGGGUUCGUGUGUCGCUGACCGUUGACCAUGACGUUUGCCUCGAUCAUGUUCCAUGCACGAGGGCUGCAACACAACACAGCACAACACAACACAACACAGCACAACGAUCAAAAUGGCACAUCCAUCCAUCCAUCGAUGUGGCGGUCUCACUCUGACUCACCGGACCAUCAUGACGGUGGAGGUGCCGUCUGUGGCCGCACGUGUGUGGCCCUCCUGGUCGCCCGGCAGCUGGCCCCUGGCUGCGUUGGCCACAUUGAGGUGACCGAUCAGCACAUUCCGCCACGACGGACAGAAGCCGUCGUCAAAGUCAACCUGCACACACACACACAGACUCUGAUUGUUUCAGCCUCGACGACUGUCAUGCGAUUGAGUGGCUGUGACUGACCUGGACGCCCUGUGCGCCGGAGAGCAU